AUGAAGCCGGACAAACGCAGAUGCGCAUCCUCGAAGGACAGGGAAUUCGGUGGGACCUUAGGCGCCACCUGUAUCCCCGUCUUCCUGCCGCUGACCGUGCUUUACCUGCUGUCCGUCAGCCGCACCCCCGGUGCUGCCCUGCUCCAGUGGCCCCCUCCCCUGCCUCCCGCCUCCCAGCUGUGGGACCCCGUGGCUGCUGCUCUAGUGCUGGGGUGGUUGACCCUGCAGAUCGUCCUCUAUCUGCUCCCCGUGGGAAAGGUUGCUGAAGGAAUGGUGCUCAGAGAUGGGACCAAACUCAGAUAUCCUAUCAAUGGUUUUCACGCACUGUGCAUCAGCGCCGCCCUGCUGGCCUUGUCUGUGUGGUUAGGCAUGCCUUUGGGGUAUCUGUUUGAGCUGUUGAUGCCUCUAGCAACAUGUGCAAUGGGCCUGUCAUUCCUGCUCUCCCUGUAUCUCUACAUACGUUCAUUCUGGGCGCCCAAACAUGCCCUGGCUGUAGGGGGCAAUACAGGUAACCCUCUCUACGACUUUUUUAUGGGACGUGAGCUGAACCCACGAAUCGGAAGCUUUGACCUCAAGUAUUUCUGUGAGCUUCGGCCUGGUCUCAUUGGGUGGGUUGUCAUAAACCUGGGUAUGCUAAUGAAGGAGGUGGAGCUACGAGACUCCCCUUCCCUUGCCAUGCUAUUGGUCAAUGGCUUCCAGUUGCUUUACGUGGCCGACGCCCUGUGGAAUGAGGAGGCCCUGCUGACCACCAUGGACAUCGUGCACGACGGCUUUGGCUUCAUGCUGGCCUUCGGGGACCUGACCUGGGUUCCGUUUACCUACAGCCUGCAGGCUAACUUCCUGGUGGUGCACCCUCAGCCGCUGGGCCCCGUCGGCGCCGCCGCCAUCGUCUUGCUGAACGGCAUGGGGUAUUUUAUCUUUCGCCAGUCCAACUCACAGAAGAACCAGUUUCGACGGGACCCCACUCAUCCCAGCGUAGCAGGUUUGGAGACGAUUCCCACGGCAACGGGGAAGCGCCUUCUAGUGUCUGGUUGGUGGGGGCUUGUCCGACACCCCAAUUACCUGGGAGACCUGCUCAUGGCCACAGCCUGGUCCCUCCCCUGUGGCGCCUCACACACUCUCCCUUACUUCUACGUUCUGUACUUCACCGUCCUGCUCAUCCACCGGGAGGCUCGGGACGAGAGGCAAUGCAGGAGCAAGUACGGCCUGGCCUGGGACACCUACUGCCGCAGAGUGCCCUACAGGAUCGUCCCUUACAUCUACUGACCCCCCCCCCCAGGGCAUCGUAAGCCACCAGGACCCGGGGGGUAGCACCAAUCAUCAAUCACGAGUAAACCAUCCCGGAAGGUCGGGUGGAGAAUGAGGUCAUGCGGCAGUCAAAGCUGCUUCUACUCUAAAGGGAAACCAUGCAGACAUAGACGAACAAGCUGGCUGUCAAAGGUGGAGAGUUCAGGUCCAGAAAGUAAAAAUCCAGACCACCUGAUGCUGCCUCUUUACCCGUCGUCUGCACUAAACGGGUUUUUAAGCAUGAAGUAGACGGAAAUUAAGGGUAAUUUAUGAGUUCUGCAGAGAUGAUAUUUUAAUAUAUUUCAUUUUAAAAAUACAA